AAAAACCGGCGGCUCGAGAGGACAUCCGUUUUCGCAGCAUAUCCUCGACGCUGAUCUACUACAAGGCUUCCGUGAUUUAAACAUAAGCUAUGACGGGUCGACCGACCCAUCUCGACAUAUGAGGAGUUUCGAGAAAAUGGCGGUACUCCAUCGCUACAACGAUCCAGUGAAAUGUCGAGCUUUCCUGACAACUUUACGAGGUUUCACUCAGGAUUGGUUCCACCAGUUACCAGCAGGAUCUAUCAAGGAUUUCGAGGGGUUCAACUCGAGUUUCCUCAACCAAUUUGCUAGUGUCAGGCCACAAGAGAAGUCGUAUUUAACACUGAUGGGCAUACAACAGAAAGAAGGCGAGUCGUUGCGAGAUUAUGUGGCGAGAUAUACACGGGCCUGCGUCGAGGUGCCCAGAGCGUCAGAGGAAAUAAAGGCGGGGGGCUUGACCCGAGGGCUACUGCCAGGCUUGUGCAGGAACUCCUUGGCUAAGCGACCAGGCAGAACGUUUGAUGAGGUACUAGGGAGGUAUGAGAGAAAAGAAAAGAGAAUUUCCUCGACUGGAGAGAGAAAGGGGUCCCCGCGAGCAGAAAGGGAGGGACGGCCUAGAAGUUGGAGGCCGACUCAUUACACCCCUCUGGCGGCUCCACAAGCUAGGAUCUUGGAUGUUAUGGAGAGGGAGAUUCGUGACAAUCUGGUAAGAUGGCCCAAGACAAGGAAUGACGGGCCAACGAGGCCUAAGAGCAACCUAUACUGUCGAUUCCACAAGGAUUACGGACAUAACACCGACAAUUGCAGGCACCUCAAAGACGAGAUAGAGAGGCUUCACAAUGAUGCUCUAAUGAUAACGGCCCAGGUGUCGGGCUACGAGGUGCAAAGGGUUUUCGUCGAUACUGGAAGCUCAGUAAAUGUGAUCUUUUAUGAUUGUCUCAAAAGGAUGAACCUUGAUAUCGAACUGGCACCCUUGCACACGUCUCUUUUUGGGUUCACUGGAUCGGAGGUCGCACCCUUGGGAGAAACUACGCUUGCCGUCGUCUUAGUAGAAGGAAACUUGAGAAAUGUAAAAAUGAUAAGGUUCGUGGUGGUCGAUGUUGAAUCGGCUUAUAACGUGAUACUCAGGAGACCAGCACUGAACACUUUCCAAGCUGUGGUGUCCACUUACCAUAUGAAGUUGAAAUUUCCAGUCGAAGAUCGGGUGGGAGAAGCUCGAGGAGAUCAAAAACUAUCCAGAGCGUGUUACCAGAUAGCGGUAAGGACGAACCAACGAACGGAGGUAAAAGAGAGGAAGUUGGGAUCGAAUGAAAAAAGGCCGAGGGGAAGCGAUCUCGAAUUACACGGAGAGCUGAUGGAAAUUCAGAUCGGAGAAAGAGAGGACCAAACCACCAAAGUCGGGAAAGAGUUGGAAGACGAGUUAAGGAGGCAGUUGGUGGAAUUACUGAGGGAAUUUAGAGAC